AGACGAAUGACUAGCCGCCGUGAGCAGUUUUGAUCCAUGUUCUCCCCAAGACACACACACCCCCUUUUUCUAUGUUUUGCACCCUCCUAUGCAAGAGAUAUCAGAAGCAUCCAAAAGCCAAAAGGCAUAGAGAAGCGUGUUAUUAGCAGCUACUUGAAUUGAAAAUAAAAAGAGAAUCAAAUUACAAUUUCUAAGGAAUCCUUUACCUACUGUCCCAAUCUUCACAACAUUAUCUCCUUGUAAUUAACUUUGGAACAACACAACACAUGCUUUUGCUUAAACCAACAUUACUACCAUGUCUCCCCCUUAAUCAUUUCAUACUACUUCUUCACAUUCAAUUUUCUUCCUUCUCAUAAAAUCAACCGUUUUUAUUUUAUUCAUUAAUGGCUACUUGUGCUUUAUUCAAUGGUGUUAGAUGCAACAAUAGUACUACCGAAGAAAGCAACAACAACAACAACAAUAGUGCCUCUAACUCCAGCAACCUCAGCAGUGAAGAAUUACACACUCUACAACACAACAACAUGCUUCCUCAUUCUGAAAGAAAAAUUCUCAGAAAAAGAUUGGCUUCAGAAAUGGAACCUCAAAUUCAAGUUCAUACCCCCCAACCACACCCCCACAAUUCUUCUUCAACAACAACAGAUAAUAAUAACUAUCAUAGAUUUUCUCGUCGAACCAACACUUCCUCAUGUUUACCUGCAUCCACACAAAAAGGGGUCUCAACAACAACAACAACUACUUUAGCUGCAGGUACUAAUAAUAAUAAUAAUAAUAAUACUAAUAACUAUCAUUAUCAUAAUAAUAACAAUAUUAACACUAAUAAUAAUAAUAUUAUUAGUCAAAAUAGCAAUGCUUUGACAUCAUCACGAGAUAACAAUGUUGUUGGUAUACAAAACUACCCCACAGUGACACUCACAACCAACUACUCCACUAUGUUGUUACCUUCUUCCAAUCUCAACAAUUUCCAACUAGAACAACAACAGCAACAGCAACAACACAAUCCUCUUCCUUCUAUCUGUGGUUUCUCUGGUUUACCACUUUUUCCAUCUCAAAACCAAACAAACAACACUGCCAAUAAUAUUGUUGAUGUUGUUAAUUCUUCAUCUUCUUCUUCAAUGGAAGAAACUUCAGCUACAACUACUUGGAUUGAUGGUAUUCUAAAGGAUCUUAUUCACAGUUCUAACAGUGUUUCGAUUCCUCAACUCAUCAACAAUGUUAGAGAGAUUAUAUAUCCUUGUAAUCCAAACCUUGCUCUUGUUCUUGAACAUAGGCUUCGUCUUCUCACAGAAACUACACCACCCAAAAACACAGAAAGACUUGUUCUUCCUCCUAAUAAUGUUUCAACAAUGAAACACAUGAACCCUGUUGAUACCAUUGUUCCAAGUUUGCAUUUUUCUGAUUCUUCACCCAUUUUUCCCAAUUGGGUUGUUCCUCAAAUAACAAACACACUUCAAGAAACUUCCAACAACAACAAUAACCCUUUGGUUACUUUACCUUCACAACCAUCAACACAACAAGAUCAAGAGGAACAACAACAACAACAACAACAACAAAUUCAAGAUCUUGCUGCAGCACCUACUGCUGCUGAUUUAGCACAAACAAGAAAGAAGAAAGAGGAAAUGAAAGAACAGAAGAAGAAAGAUGAAGAGGGUUUACACCUUCUAACGCUACUUCUCCAAUGUGCAGAAGCUGUAUCAGCUGAAAAUCUAGAAGAUGCAAACAAGAUGUUACUUGAGAUUUCACAGCUCUCAACACCAUUUGGAACAUCAGCACAAAGAGUAGCAGCUUAUUUCUCAGAAGCAAUUUCAGCAAGACUAGUGAGUUCAUGUUUAGGUAUCUAUGCAACACUUCCAAACACACCACACAGUCAAAAAGUUGCUUCAGCUUUUCAAGUCUUCAAUGGUAUAAGCCCUUUUGUGAAAUUCUCUCAUUUCACUGCUAACCAAGCUAUACAAGAAGCAUUUGACAGAGAAGACAGAGUUCACAUCAUAGAUCUUGAUAUAAUGCAAGGUUUACAAUGGCCUGGUCUUUUUCAUAUUCUUGCUUCAAGACCAGGUGGACCUCCUUAUGUGAGACUCACUGGAUUAGGAACUUCUAUGGAAACACUUGAAGCUACUGGUAAACGUUUGUCUGAUUUUGCUUGUAAACUUGGUCUUCCUUUUGAGUUCUUUCCUGUUGCUGAAAAAGUUGGAAAUGUUGAUCCUGAUAAGCUUAAUGUUAGUAAAUCAGAAGCUGUUGCUGUUCAUUGGUUGCAACAUUCUUUAUAUGAUGUUACUGGUUCAGAUACAAACACUUUGUGGCUCUUGCAAAGGUUGGCACCUAAAGUGGUAACGGUAGUGGAACAAGACUUAAGCAAUGCAGGUUCAUUUUUAGGAAGGUUUGUGGAAGCAAUACAUUACUAUUCAGCACUAUUUGAUUCACUUGGUUGUAGCUAUGGUGAAGAGAGUGAAGAGAGACAUGUUGUUGAACAGCAACUAUUAUCAAGAGAGAUUCGUAAUGUACUUGCUGUUAGAGGACCAUCAAGGAGUGGUGAGAUAAAGUUUCAUAAUUGGAGAGAAAAACUUCAACAGUGUGGUUUUAGAGGCAUUUCUUUGGCUGGUAAUGCUGCUACACAAGCUAGUCUUUUACUUGGUAUGUUCCCUUCUGAAGGGUAUACUUUGGUUGAGGAUAAUGGUAUCCUUAAACUUGGUUGGAAAGAUCUUUGUUUGCUUACUGCUUCAGCUUGGAGACCUCCCUUUCAUACCAACAAUGCCAUUCCACUUCAUAACUAAUCUCUGAACGGAAUUAGUGCAUGUUUGGUUUCACAGCGAAUUUGGUAGAAUCACGGUAUGUUGGUGGUUUUUUUAAGUAAAAAGUACACUUUAGAGUUUUAAUAAAAUUAAAAUUUUACCGUAAUUUUGCUAAAUUUACUGUGAAUUUAAACAUGUAUUUUAAAUGGAUUCUCUAUGGUCACCCGUCAUUGUAGUUAUGAUCUCGGUCGUUGACGAAGAUCUGACGGUUAUAAUUGAUUUACUGAACUUUAAUGUGAGCCGUCUGAUAUGGUAUAGGUGAUUGGAGUGAUUGUUGGUUCUCAAUGUGAUGGUCUUUUUGAACUUCAUAUAUAUUCUAAUAAUACUUCUAUGUAGCAUCACUAUGUUCCUUAAUUAAAAAAUUUAAGAGAGAUUGGUAGGUGUUUAGAAA